UUUCCCCCCUUCCGAUUCCGAGCGCGUCUUCUCCUGGAUCUUUGCAGACGGGAAAGGUCUUAAAGGCGAAACGCAAAUCGAGCCAAAUUCACGGGAGAGACGGGCGGGUGCCCGACGCCGGCGGCCUGGUCAGGUACCCAUCUCAUUUUUCCUCCCGGAGGCACACCGUCUAAAUGUGAUUUUUUUUCCACCCAGACAGACCUGGGACGGCAGCGGCGGAUUCAUUUCUCAAUUCGAUCUGGGGGUCGGAGCAGCCGCCAGCGUGAGAUUAAGUAGAUUGGGGACGGGAAGGAGAAGAUCCAAGUAAGUCCAGGCCGUGAUUUUACCGAGGAAUCCUUGCGGGAUAGGGAGGAAAUUGCCCCCUUUUGCUCCGGCGGCGGGAAGGAAGCGAAAAGGUUCCACCUUGGCCCCGCUCGCCGCGUGCAAGCACAGUGCGCCGGCGCCGGCGCCGGCGCGGCAAAUCGGUGGCUGGGCGUCCCUGCCCACCGACAUAGUGGGCCUCAUCACCUGCCGGCUCCUGGCCGGCGACGGCGACGGCGAUGUGGUCGAUUACAUCUGCUUCCGCGCCGUCUGCUUCGGCUGGCGCGCCUGCACGCCUGCUCCCCGCGACCCCAAUCUGCGGGAUCCGCGCCUCCGCCCGCGCGGCUGGGUCGCGCUCUGUGACGGCGACGCCGUCCGCCCGGACGACGCCUGCGAGAUCGUCUUCUUCCACACGCGCACGGCCAGGCGCCUCCGCGUCCCCUUGCCGGAGCUCCGGCGGCACAGAAUCAUUGGCUUCACCGACGGUCUCGUCAUCCUCAUGCACAAGACCACCACCGCGGUCCGCGUGCUGCACCCGUUCACGCGCGACGUGGUCGACUUCCAGCCCCUCGCUACUCUGUACCACCAGGUGGUCAGGCACAAGGGGUCCCUGCUUGACAUGAACGCCGCGGUGUGCAGCACCGCGUCCUCCGCAGACUCCGUUACCGUGGUGGUCUGGUUCCCCUACAAGGACGUGGUGCUUGCUGCCGACCCGGGCUCAUCAUCAGAUUGGGAGGUCCUCCACAGAGGAUUCUAUGUUUGGUGCGCCUUGCCCUUCCAAGGAAGGCUCUAUGCCACCCUGUGUUGUUCGAGUGAGAUUGUGCAGCUAUACCCUCCGAGACGAAACGGAAACGGACCGCAAGAGAAGUCUCUGGUGGUGAUUGCUCACGUUCCACAUUCUGCUGACCGCGAAGUCUCUAAUUUUUACCUCGUGGAGUCUGGAGGAAGGAUGCUGCUCGCCGUCCGGCAGCCAGCUCCUUAUGCAAAUGGGUCAGAAUGGAAUGCAUUGGAGUGGUCGCGACGAAUAGUCUGCAGGCUCUAUGCAGUGGAUCUGAACAGCCAACGAUAUAAGCCUAUCCCAGUGAAGAGCAUAGGUGACCGCGCGCUGUUUCUCAGCGGCGACCGAUGCCUGUCUGUUUCAGCCAGCGAUCUCCCUUGGGUGAGCAGCAACUCCAUUUACUCCACUCUACCACAGUACCCCAUUCUGGUGUAUUCGCCGGGGACUGGUUUGUCUGAGCGAUUGGCAGAUUCCUGCCAAAUACACGACAAGAAGGAUAGGAUCCGCCCCUCUGUGCGUCCCUUCACCAUUGUUGAUCAUCUUAUCACCUACUGCAAUCCUCGCGUGUGGAGUAAAGGGCUCAUGUUCCACGAGUACCACCAUAUACCUCAAUCUUUCGAGGAAUUGAUCAAGAAAAUAAGGGCACAAGAGAGGGAACUGCGGAUUCCACGCGCUGUGCAUUCGUGCUGAAGGAACAAACGCCAUGUUUCACAUUACUCACUGAAUUACAAAGCUGCAAAUAAUGCCAGUAGACACUAGGCACAGCUUCUUACAACUGUCUCACUUGGAGUUUUUGAGUCACACAACUUCUAACCUGGCACACUGUUUGUUGAUCUGUUUUUAAUCAUUUUAUUGUGUUGUUGCAUA